CCUGAUUGGUGGACGGGCUGCGUUGGGCAGGGCAGCCCUCAGGCUAUAUAACCACACUCGCCGCUGCGUGGGCGUUAUGCUCUGGGCUAUUUCUGAGCUCCGGUCACCCUGCCCCAUCUCCAUCUCCUAUGAGAUGAGUGACUCCCAAGACCCCACCACUUCCCCUGUAGUUACCACCCAGGUAGAGCUGGGGGGCUGCAGCCGGCAACGUGGGGGCAAUGGGUUACUCCGUUUUCACCAGCACCAGGAGGUCCAGGCCUUCCUCAGCCUUCUGGAGGACAGUUUUGUCCAGGAAUUCCUCUCCAAAGACCCCUGCUUCCAGAUUUCAGAUAAGUAUCUCCUGGCCAUGGUGCUGGUCUACUUCCAGCGCGCCCACCUGAAGCUCAGCGAGUACACCCACAGCAGCCUGUUCUUGGCCCUGUACCUUGCAAACGACAUGGAGGAGGACCUGGAGGGCCCCAAAUGUGAGAUUUUUCCAUGGGCCCUGGGAAAAGAUUGGUGUUUACGAGUGGGGAAAUUCCUGCACCAGAGGGAUAAGCUUUGGGCACGGAUGGGUUUCCGGGCUGUUGUGAGCCGCCAGUGCUGUGAGGAGGUCAUGGCAAAGGAACCAUUCCACUGGGCUUGGACUCGGGACCGGCGUCCCCACCAUGGUGGGGUUCAGAGGGUCUGUCCACAGGUCCCUGUUCGCCUUCCCCGGGGCCCUGGCCUCUCGCCGCCCCACUGUUCCCCCUGUGGCUUGCCCCAGCACUGCAGCAGCCACCUGCUUAAGCCUGUGUCAUCCAAGUGCGCUUCUCUGACCUCAGAGUGUCACCGCUCUCCCUCCCAAAAUUAUCUCUCAAGGGUCAAAAACGCCUGGGGUGGGGACUUUCUCAUCGUCUUGCCUCCCCAGAUGCAACUGGAACCAGGCACCUACUCCCUCCGCAUCUUCCCAAAGCCUCCGGCACGCCCUGGGCACUGAAACUCUGCAGGGUGAAGAACAGCACGCCUGCUGGCCCACUGACUGACACACCAUUGGCUGUGCUCCCACUCUUGCCCCUUCCUCCCAGCCUGCAGCUUGUGCCCACUCUGGUCCC